AUGGCGACCUACCACGUGAUUCUCUCUGUUUACGUACUAACCUUCCUAAUUGGCAUGCCUGCAAAUCUUCUGGCUUUCUACGCCUUUGUCAGGAAAGUGCUCGACAAACCGACACCAACCGACGUCCUGCUGCUGAACCUUACCGUCUCUGAUCUACUCUUCCUCUUCUUCCUGCCUCUAAAGAUGUAUGAGGCAUCUAAUAACAUGGAAUGGAAUCUCCCCAGAUUCCUCUGUUCCAUCACUACUUUUGUGUUCUUCUCUACCAUUUACACCAGCUCCCUCCUACUAAUGGCCGUUAGCGUGGACCGUUACCUCUGUGUGGCGCACCCUCUCCAGUACAAAGUCCGUCGCAAGCCCCUACAUGGUGUGAUUGGCUGCGUGAUCAUCUGGGUCACCAGCACCCUCCACCUCUGCUUUAUAUACAUAGUAGAGCAGCCAGAGAAAACAUCCAGUGCCCCUCUGUCUUCGGAGGUCAAGCACUGUUAUGACAACUUCACCCAAGAACAGCUAAAUGUGGUACUCCCAAUGCGCUUGGAGCUCUGCAUAGUUCUGUACUUUAUCCCACUAGUCGUCUGCACUUUCUGCUACUUCAGGUUCAUUUUUAUACUAAAUAGAGCGUCUAGCCUCCACCCUGGAAAGAAGAAGAGAGCUGUAGGCAUGGCAGUUGGAACGCUUCUGGUCUUUGUGGUCUGCUUCAUGCCAUACAACAUCACUCAUGUGCAAGGCUUCAUAACGUGGAACAAUGUGCCAUGGCGCUCUGAGGCCCUGCUUCUUACAACAAUCAACACCAUUCUCGAUCCAGUCACCUUCUACUUUUCAUCCACUGCCUUCCAGAGCAACUUAAAGAACCUCCUCUCUUUCAAGUCAAAGAGUGGCUCCACUGGCAACCUCAUGAACCCUAACCAAAUCAACAGAGAUAUAGAGGGCCAAGCCAACCAUCCAGCUGUAACGAUAAGCAGCGAUAUCACUCCACUGUGA